GACGGCGCGGAGUGACGGCGCGAGAACAGCAGGGGGGGCGGCGGAGGGCAGGCGGCUGCGGCGGGGGCGGGGGGCGCGAGCGCGGGCGGCCGAGCGCCAUGGGCCCCCGGACCCCCGCGCUCUGAGCCGGGGCCCGGCCCGACGAUGCUGACGCCCAGGCGGCGCCGGGGGCGCGGCGCGGGGCAGCGCUGAAAGUUGGGCGGCCCGCGGGGAGCGGCGCGGGACGGCCCGGAGGCGCGGAGACCCGGAGACCGACGGACACGUCCACCUGCAGCCGGGGAGGGGGGCGGGGCCGGCCCGCCGAGUUCGCGGGGAGGGGGCGCCGGGACUCCCCUCUCCCCGCCCGGGACGCCGCCCGCCCGACCGCGCCGGGGGAUGUAGAGCCCGCUCACCGCCUCCUGGACCUUCGUCGGAACCUCCGCCCCGCGGCCCUGCGUCUUCCCAGGUGACCACGCCGGCUUCAGGACAUGCACGGGCACAGCCGCAACGGGCAGGCCCACGUGCCCCGGCGGAAACGCCGCAACCGCUUCGUCAAGAAGAACGGCCAAUGCAACGUCUACUUCGCCAACCUGAGCAACAAGUCGCAGCGCUACAUGGCGGACAUCUUCACCACGUGCGUGGACACGCGCUGGCGCUACAUGCUCAUGAUCUUCUCCGCGGCCUUCCUCGUCUCCUGGCUCUUCUUCGGCCUCCUCUUCUGGUGUAUCGCCUUCUUCCACGGCGACCUGGAGGCCGGCCCGGCGGCGGCGGCGGCGGGGGCGGCGGCGGCGGCGGCGGCGGCGGGGGGGGCCCCGCCGGGCGGUGGCGCGGCGGCCCCGGCGGCCCCCAAGCCCUGCAUCAUGCACGUGAACGGCUUCCUGGGCGCCUUCCUGUUCUCGGUGGAGACGCAGACGACCAUCGGCUACGGGUUCCGGUGCGUGACGGAGGAGUGCCCGCUGGCGGUCAUCGCCGUGGUGGUCCAGUCCAUCGUGGGCUGCGUCAUCGACUCCUUCAUGAUCGGCACCAUCAUGGCCAAGAUGGCCCGGCCCAAGAAGCGGGCGCAGACGCUGCUGUUCAGCCACCACGCGGUCAUCUCGGUGCGCGACGGCAAGCUGUGCCUGAUGUGGCGCGUGGGCAACCUGCGCAAGAGCCACAUCGUGGAGGCCCACGUGCGGGCCCAGCUCAUCAAGCCCUACAUGACCCAGGAGGGCGAGUACCUGCCGCUGGACCAGCGGGACCUCAACGUGGGCUACGACAUCGGCCUGGACCGCAUCUUCCUGGUGUCGCCCAUCAUCAUCGUCCACGAGAUCGACGAGGACAGCCCGCUCUACGGCAUGGGCAAGGAGGAGCUGGAGUCGGAGGACUUUGAGAUCGUGGUCAUCCUCGAGGGCAUGGUGGAGGCCACCGCCAUGACCACCCAGGCCCGCAGCUCCUACCUGGCCAGCGAGAUCCUGUGGGGCCACCGCUUCGAGCCCGUGGUCUUCGAGGAGAAGAGCCACUACAAGGUGGACUACUCGCGCUUCCACAAGACCUACGAGGUGGCCGGCACGCCCUGCUGCUCGGCCCGGGAGCUGCAGGAGAGCAAGAUCACCGUGCUGCCUGCCCCGCCGCCCCCGCCCAGUGCCUUCUGCUACGAGAACGAGCUGGCCCUCAUGAGCCAGGAGGAGGAGGUGAUGGAGGAGGAGGCCGCGGCCGCCGCGGCCGUGGCCGCAGGCCUGGGCCUGGAGGCGGGCUCCAAGGAGGAGGCGGGCAUCAUCCGAAUGCUGGAGUUUGGCAGCCACCUGGAUCUGGAACGCAUGCAAGCCACCCUCCCGCUGGACAACAUCUCCUACCGCAGGGAGUCCGCCAUCUGACCUCCAGGCCCCGCCCUCGUCACGUCCCACAGGAGCCUCUGCCCCGCCCCCCCCGGGGGGGGGGAGGGGGGGACGCCAGGACACGCCCCUCCACGCUCAGGAUAGAGCCGACCCUGGCUCCGUGGACCUUCUGGAGGGAGGUGGGGGCUUCAAAGACUGGGGAACCCCUCCCUAUUGACUCCAGAGCCCAGGCCUGGGAAGGGCCCAGGACACCCUCUGCCCUGUCAGCCGACCCGCUGGCGUCUCGGGGACCCCAGACCCACCACCCUUUUCCCACUGACACUUCAAGGACGUGCCCCCUUUGCUCUCAGAACCUUGGGGAAGGCGGCUGGACUGCUGGGGGGUGGGCAUCAUGGGGUUCUGGGGUGGGCAGGGGUUAGUGCAGGGGGGAGGGAGGGCGGGGGUGCGAUUCUUUUGCAUGACUGUGACCUGUUGUCUUGCCUUUCUUUUGUAAAUACCUAUAAAUGCAGAGUUGGAGGCACCGAAUCCACCUUCUGCCAUUUGUACCUGCAGGACAAGGAGGUGCGGUCCCUCUCGGUGAACCCCUCUCCCACCCCUCCCUGCCCGUCAAGCCUAGCCCCUUCCCCCUGCCCCGCUAGCUGGCUGGUCCCCAGAGCCAGCCAUCUUGGCCCCUGGAUGGUGUUGGGUUUGGGUGCAGAGGUGGGACCCCAAGGGGCAGGAUGAGGACCGUCCCCACCCCCACCCCCGUGGUCCCUCCAGGUCCCCGGGGUCCGGCCCAGAUUGACAAUGGAGUUUGUAACUAUAUAUUUUUAAUAAAGUAUAUGGUCCACUA